AUGGUGAGGACUUGUGUGGCAGCAACAGCUAACGAGGUACCCGCGUCAGCCGCUGGGUCUGCAGCUCACUGGAGAGGUCAGGCCGCUGGGGCCAUAGUUCGUGGAGGAGACCAGGGUAGAGGCCGUGGUCGUGGCAGAGGCAGGGGAGCAGCAGCACCAGCCAAAGGUAGGGCUCCUGCUGCUCGUCAGCAAAGUGCUGAGUCCCCUGAGCCUCAGGUUGUGCUGAUGAAGGUUAAGUAUGAGCACCAAAGACCCAACGGUACUCUGCAGAGGAUGGCCAUUCCUAAAUGGAACUGGGAGAGGAUAGCCAUGGAUUUUGUGGUGGGUCUUCCAAAUACCUUAGGGCACAACGUUUACAUCUCAGUUUUGGAAGCAUUUGCAUUUGGAAUUGGGUAUUAG